CCCGAUAUUAUCUGUGUAUCUGGUGUAUCUCUGCCUUUCCAGCAUGCCCCUGUCGUGUGCGCAGGGCGGUGGCUCUGGCAUGUCGAGGGUGAUGGUGAUGGUGAUGCUGAGACUCGCUCUCUCUCUGGGUCUGAGACUCGCUCCCUCCCUGGAUCCAGCAGUAAGCAGACUUGGAGACACUCUCAGCGCAGCCUGUGUAUGUCUUUCUGCCGCCGUCGUCCUGCCAUCUACCGCCGCCUCUUCGCAGUGGCCGAGUACUCCCACUCUCCCACUCUCCCACUCUCCCACUCUCCCUCCCUCUCUCGCUCUUCUGAUCCCUCCCUCGCUCUUCUGAGUCCUGUCUUAUUGCAUGGGCCUGACCAGAAGAUAACGACAAUAAGCCACAGUUGACUCUCGGGUCGUGGGAUUCGUGGUGCGGCACAAGUGUAUCGCAACUCGGAACCCCCACCCGCAGGGAGUAGUCCCAAGCACGGAGUAAGC